GUGUCCGACGAGGAAGCCAGCGGCUUCCGAAUGCUCAACCUCCUGCAAGCCCUCUACGUUCGGUCGGUGCCAAUCCCCGAAUCAGCACAUCCCAAGUGGAAUGAUGUGCUGAGAGCUAUGUCGAGCUCCAAACUCAAGGGCAGUGCCUUGAAAGCAACCCUACUGGUCAACCACUAUGCUGGCCCGUUCCACACGAAAAAGAACAAGUAUACGCUACAGGAAGGAGCGGAGCUGUUGUGUCAGACCUGCACCGACGAUUGGCUAGAGUCCUUGCAAGAGAGCUACCAGUUCGAUGUCGGGGAUGCAACAGCAGUUCUCACACGGGACAAGAUCUUGGAGGCACGAAACAAGGCCUGGUUUGGAAUACUGGAUUCUUUCAGCCAGCUGUCAGAAUCGUGGACGAUUUUGUCGAGCAUCACAAGCUUCGUGCGGGAGUUCAUCAAUGCCUCAGAAGAGCGAGCUGAGGUUCAGGCAGAUGGAGGCGGUCACGGCGACGCCGAGGCAGACGAGGCUGAGGAGGACGACGUUCCUGCGGCAGAGGACGAUGAACCGCAAACACGCGCAGCGUUCAACAUUCUUCGCGGCAGCUACAAUUCGGAUUGUGACUUCGUGACAGAACUCUUCGAGCAGCCCCUGUUGCAGCAGCGUCUCCGGCUCCUGUGCUACGACCUCCAAGACCUGCACAAAGAGCACGUCCAGGACCUCAAGGCGUGCUCUCAGGAAGCCACGAUGAAGGCUUGCGCAGGUCGUGCAGCAUACAGUUGGUUCGGCACUAUCCGAAAUAUGCUGCAACGAUUGACUGGUGAUGGUUUGGUGGAAGAGCUAGGUCUCUUUCCCGCACCUCCUCCUUACGGGCUGCCUAGAAACCCGGAGGAUCCCAACAUUCAGGAUGAUGUUUCGCUUGCGGAGACACACUACAACUUCAUCCUCGACUUGUGCGCCAAUCGUUGCUGGAGUCAGUCCUUCUAUGGCCUUUGCUUCCCGUACCUGGUGGCGACGGUGUUCUGUGAGACGGAGCGUGACCGAAACAAAGGAACCGCGCUCAUGAGAUCCGUCUGUAAUGCUACGCUGAAACUGGAGGACUAUGUGGCGGCCAACCCGCUCAAUUCCUCUGCAGCAGCCUUGCUGGAAAGCCAUGGAACGAGUUCGUGGCCACUGGUGCGCGAGCUAUUCGUCUCAGGCACCCGCUGCGACUGGAGCUGCGAGGACGAGGACCUGCGAAGCACGGCAUGGGCCAUCUUCUCCGGUCCAAUGACAACCAAGGCUACGCUAGAGUCUGCGUUCAAUCAUAUCCGAGACAGGGGCCAGCGGCACAGCCGCAAUGACAAGAUGAGCCAGGAAGUUCGCUACUCUUACCUGGCAACGCAACCGUUUGCCAGAUCGGAAAGUGGCGGGGUCAAUCAGGUCAAGGCAUCUGUUGAUGACUUUCUGCCCGUUGGCUCCAGUCGGGCCGCCCAGCAAGCCAUUCACGCGUUGAAGUGCUUCAACCCCAGAGCAACUCGGAUGCCGCACACCUACCCACACCCGCAAGAUAUAGUCAAGAACUGGCGUCCCGCAGGAUUUUACGCAAACAAGGUAGCCUGUGCCGCGGUUGCACUUACUCUCGCCGCCUCCCGGAACAACUUCGAAGGCAUCCAGACGGCCUGGGCAGGAUCGCUCUGGGGCCCUUCAGGAUCUGUACGAACAGGUUGCUUCAUGACAAGACGCGAAGUCUUCUUCAACAAGAGCUCCCAGCAGUACGUCGUCUCAUUGGGCUUCUAUCGAUGGGCUUUUCAGUCAAUUCGAUUGCAGAAGCUUCAUUCAGAUUCCACGGGUGUGUGGUUGCGGCCAGACACAUCCCAGUUGGCUCCGAAGUUCAAUAUUGCCACAAGUCUGGAUCCGGAUAGCAGCCCCUGGGAGUACGUGCCAACGCGGCCACUGCCGGCCUGUUGUGUGCCUGCCGAUCUGGGCGCCCACGCAGGGUGCUUGCUCAAAGUGACUGGUCCCCACGAGAGCCUGAUCACCGCAGGGCUCAAGAGAGGCUUCAAUCUGACCGUGUUUCAAUUGAAAGCUCUCAUAACAGCAUUUUCAGUCGUGCUUCCCGGGGCUGGGACGGGGAGUGGGAAGGGUGGCCGCUUCAUCAAGUGUGACUAUGUGAAGGCCGUUUUGGCGCACUUCCUACCAGGGCAAAGCCAGGAGGAGCGCGAUGCUCUGAUUGCGAAGAUGGUCGGCAGAAGAAACCAAGACCGGGAGGACGACACUCCCGAAACCCACCUGAAGCUGCUGUCCAAGCUGGAUCCGGCUGAAGCAGCAGAGUUUGAUGUAAUGCGGCAGGUGGCUGUCAAUCAGUUAGCUGAAAAAGCACUGCGCGCAAAGGUACACAAACCCCCUAAGAAGGACAAGGACAAGGACCCUGAUGAUGAGGCCGAGCCAGAACAUCCAGCAGACGCCCCAGUGGCACCUCCGGGCGGUCCCGCAGCUGGAAAAGCAGCUGCUCCAGUGCAGUUCCUGCCCAGGACCAGCGGUACCCACGUCAGGGCACCCGCUGAAUUCCGCGAGUUGCUCCCGCCCAACGUCGACUACGUUUACUUCCACUGGGAACCCCAAAGCCGGCGAGUUGCCAUUGAGUUUAAACGCAGCUCAGAGAUCAAAUUGUCCCCGCUGUACGACUGUCUUGCUUCUGACU